AUGUCUUCGAACUGGUCCGAUGUGCCUUCUGCGAAAACAGCCUCCAGCUCGACAGCAGAUGGCGAAGCAGACCUGAAGUCAAAUGCAAUAAGCAAGCAAACAACAGAGAUAACCCCGAAUGAAACGCCCAAAAACGGAAACUACACCACCGACACCUCGCUUGGUACUGAACACCAGCAAGUCAUUGAAAUCGACUGCGAUGAGCUCAGUGACACCGAGAGUGUAGACUGCGAGCACGAAAACGGAGCAUUGUACGAGUCAAGCCCCUUGGAGGGCUCCGAGUUGGAACGGAUCGCCAGCUCAUUGACUCGAAAGACGCUAAAACGGAACAAUGCUCCAGGGCCGCUCCGCAUCUCUCCAAAGGUGCACGCCGGUUCUACGGCACCGGCAAUCAACUCUGCGCCGAUGCGUUCUCUAUAUGGCCCACAAGCACUCCGCCGAGUCCCCGUACGGUAUCUAUAUCCGGCCAUGGGCCAUUUCCCACAAACCGCCGUCCAUUAUAUGCCCACGCCUAUCAGGCGAACUACAGGCGCAGGUUCCGAAAGAGUUGCGAAACCGCGCCUGCCACGUGCCAUGUCGGCAAGAAGAAGAAAGCCGGUUUUGGAUGUGUUUGAGGGCCAGGUGGCAAAACUAGCACCCAUGCCAGCGCAGCCCCCCUCCGCGCAGAUUGAGCACUUCGAUGUGGGCCACAGCGAUGAAGAGAAGGCGACCCAAGAUGAGAUGGACGAGAUGGAAAUCAAGCGCCGACGGACCACAUCGGCCCUCAGGGGCACCAUAUCGUUCAACGAAGAGUCAGCUUUCAAGUUCACCAUUUUUCAGGGCAACGAAAGCAACGCGAAGAAGAAGUUCUUGGAGGUCUGCGAGACCACGUGGGAUAAGUACAUGGCCAACUCGACUGGUUCGUAG